CGUCUCCUUCCGGGAACAAAAUCCCACCGACCUUAGAUUGCCUCCUCCCCUUCCCUUCCGUCCCCAGCUCCGACCAAGCCUUCCACCAAACCCGGACCGCGAUGAACGCGUCGCAGUUCAUGGACAAGCAGAUCCUCGGCCUCGCGGCGGCGGGCGCCGCGUCGUCGCCUCCCUCCACCGGCGGCGGCGGCGGCGGAGGUGAGCUGCUCGAUCUGAUGGGCCCCAACCCGCAGGAGGACGUGGUGGAGAGCCACGACUUCCACGCGCGCCGCGGCGCCAACGGCACUGGCGCGGACGAGGUCAUGGUGCCCAGUUAUGACUUCCAGCCCAUCCGCACCGCCGCUGCCCCUGCCCCUGCCCCUGCCCCAGCGCCCACUGCGUCGGCCUCCGCGGCGAACGCCUGGGGGUCGCUCGACUCCAAUGCCGCGUCCCCCAACCUGAAGAGUGCUGGUAUGACGGAGCCUCGUGUGCUAAAGAAAGUUAGUCAUGAAGAAGAAAGGAGCAACUUCAAUGCAGUCACUAUAGCAGAUAUUGAUCGCACAAUGAAGAAAUAUGCUGAUAACUUGCUAAAUGCACUGGAAGGUGUCAGCUCAAGACUUUCACAGCUGGAGGGAAGAACACAUCAUCUCGAGGAUUCUGUUGGCGAGUUGAAAUUAACAAUUGGUAACAGCAAUGGCAGCACUGAUGGAAAACUGAGACAAUUUGAGAACACACUGCGAGAGGUUCAAGCAGGUGUGCAGAUUUUGCGCGACAAGCAGGAAAUUGUGGAGACCCAGAUCCAACUAAGUAAGCUUCAAGUGUUCAAAGAAGAGAAUGUUCAAUCAGAAAAUGCCAGUGCUGGCCAGGCAGGCUCACGGCAGCAGCCUACUCCGCCCCAGCCAACUGUUCAACCACAACUUCAAGCCCCUCCCCCUGCCCAACCAUUGGCCCUGCCUGCUCCAAAUGCACCACCUCCGCGAAUUCUUCACAACCAACCUCCACCACAAUUCCCAGGUCAUUUACCACAUCCUCAAAUCCAAUCAGUCCCACCUGCACCAUCUGUGCCAACCAUACCGCAGGAAUCCUACUAUCCCCCAUCCGCACAGCCAAUGGAGGCUGCGCACCAGCAAUAUCAAGCACCUCCUGCCUUGCAGCCACAGGCACCUCCAGCAGCACCACAGCAUUAUCAACCGUCACCUCAAUAUGCUCCAUAUUCUCAACCUCCUCCACCUGGAAGUGUUAACCCCCAAACUGCAGCGCCCCAGCAUCCAGAAGAAGCAGCAUCUUAUGGGCCUCCUGCUCAGACCUACCCACCAAAUGUGCGCCCACCGUCUCCUUACAUGCCACCACCCAGGGGACCUGCUCCUCCUUUCUAUGGGACAAACCCUGGCAUGUAUGAGCCUCCAGCUGUCAGGCCUAAUGCCGGGCCGCUGCCGUCUUACAAUGCUGGAUACAAACAACAGGGAGGAGGCGGUUUCCCCGAGCCAUAUGGUUACAGUGGGUCCCCAUCUCACCAUGGUGCCGGGAUGAACUCACCCUCGCCCUUCACCCCCACAGGCGCAUCCUCUGCUGGAAGUGGCAACUAUGGAAAGCUCCCUACAGCCAAGAUACUGCCCCAAGCAGCGCCAGUGAGCUCCACUCCGAGUGCCUCCUCCGGCAACAGAGUGGCGGUCGAUGACGUGGUCGACAAGGUCUCCACGAUGGGAUUCUCCAAGGAGCAAGUUAGGGCGACGGUGCGCAGGCUGACCGAGAAUGGCCAGAACGUUGACCUGAAUGUGGUGCUGGACAAGCUGAUGAACGACACUGACGUGCAGCCUAGCCAGAGAGGUUGGUUUGGGCGGUAAAGCCCACCUUCUAGCUAGGGCUGUGGGUCGCUCCUGCAGCAGCAUAUGUGUAUAUCGGUCGCCCAACAGCUAUGGAACUAUUUUGUGUUUUCAUAUGGUACCGUGAAAUUUCUUAUUCUUCAAAUUUCACUGCAUCUAAGGAACUGAGCAGAGUGCAGGAAGCACGAUCUGUUUGAUUUGCCUGGAGAGUGGAGGCUCUGCGGCUCAACGUCCAUUCACCUGUUGUCGCAUGUUGUUACCCAUGAUCUGAGUGGUAAAAGUUCUUGUGUUACACUUGACGCUGAUUGCCAUGCUCUUUUCAUCUGUCAGAAAUCAAGAUACUUUUGUGUUUAUCAAACUUGUUUGAUCAUUC